CCGCUGCUGAUGUGGCCGGAACCCGGUGAGGGGAGUGCGCGGCCGGGCGCUGAGCCACAGGUUCAAGAUGCUGAGCCGUUUGUCAGGGCUGGCCAAUACAGUCCUGCAGGAGUUGUCGGGGGAAGGCGAGGAUGCAGGGGACGGGGCUGUGCCUGCUCAGGGGCCGGAGUUGCAACCCAGCCAGCAGAAUGGGGAGGAGCCCCCAGAGGACGUGUUGGAACGGCUGGCCCACAUGGAGAGGCUGGUGGUGCAGCUGAAAGAUUUGGUGCGGGAAAAGGACGCUCAGCUUCAGCAGAAGGAUGCUUCCCUCCAGGAGGAAAGGCAGGCUGCUGACGCCAAGCUGGCCAAGCUGAAGCUGCAGGCCAAAGCCAAGCUGGCAUCGCUGAACAAGCGCAUCGAGGAGCUGGCGGAGCAGAGAGCUGCCGUGCCGACGGAAGAGCCACCGCCUCCUUGCAAGAGUGACCAAGAGACAUGUAAAAAACAGGAGGAGGAAGUGGAAGCGCUGCGAAGGAAGCUUCAGGAGCAGGAGGCAGUGACUGGGAAGCUGCAGGAACAGCUGGGGGAGGCCACUGGAAGCUUGAAAGAAGCACGGUCCCAGCUGAGCUCUCUGCAAGGGGCGAUCCAGGAGAAAGACUCCCUCCUCGAGGAGCAGGCCCGCCAGCACCGAGCAGAGUUGCACCAACUCGCGGCCCAGUCGACUCUGGAAGCAGAAAUGCAGCAGAACCUGAGGCUGUUGCAGCGGAAGCUGGAGGAGCAGGAGGCAGCCCUGCUGGGCCGGACUCAGGUCGUGGAGUUGCUGCAGCAGGAGCUGAACAGCCUCGAGGAGCAGAAGCAGGUCCUCUUGGAAAAAUUCCAGACCUCCGAGGCAGAGCUGGAGUCCCUGAGGAGAACCUCUGCUUCCGAGAGGCAGCAAUCCCAGAGCUUUGUGGAAAAGUUGGAACUGGAGUUAGCAGAGAGGAAGCAGGCUUGCCAUCUCUUACAGGAGGAGGUACAACAGCUCUCUCAGGAGCUGGCCCAAGCAAGAGCAGCAGAAGAGGCUCACGGGCGUGAGAGCAGAGACGCCGAGAAGAGACGCCUGGAGGAGCUGGGAGAGCAGAGCCAGCAAAUAGCUCAGCUCCAAGGAGCAGAGCAGGACCUGCAUUCCCGCUACGAUGCCCUCCUCGCGGAGAACAGCCGGCUGUGGCAGGAUGUGAAGCCACCCCUGGAGUGCUCUGCCAAUCAAGUUUCCAGCCCGCAAGGGGAGCUUCCUGAAGGGUGCCCGGAGCAGGGCUGUUCCCAGGCCCCACCUGAAACACUCGCAGCCCACACACUGGAACUGGUCUCAGCGCCGGAUAAGGACGAAAUAUCUCUGCUGAGAAAGGAAAGUCAACUGGAAAGUGAGCAGCUGAAGACUGUGGUGAAGAAGCUGGAAGCUGAAAACGAGUCCCUCCGUGCCAAACUUGCCUCGUUGGAAAACAGGCUGGAAUUCGCAGCAAGUGCCCAGGAGUCAAGCCAGGUCGGCUGUGCUGAUGCAGGCAGGGAAGUGCCCCCUCUGCUGGUUUCGGGGGUCUCAUCCACCUUUGGUGAUGGCUCUUCAGGGCCUGGGGACUCACUGGAUGCGAUUGGAAGCAUCAGAGCAGAAAGCCUGGAUUCGCCUGAUGUGCCCACCGUCCUGACCCAGCCCAGCUCAGGAGGAAGUGUCGAAGAGCCGCCUGUUAACGCCAGUGGCCAUCCCGACGUCCUGCAGUCCCUCUCUGCAAAGAAACGGAAGGAAUUGUCUGUCUUGCUGCUGGAGCUGCAGGAGGCUCAGGAAGAGAUGACCUUUUUGAAGGGGCAGCUGCAGGACUCCGGCAGUCCAGCCCUUGAAGAGGAUGCUCAGCCGAGAGGGAAACCACCGGCCAGUGGGGUCGAGGAGGGGGAAAGAGGAGAGGCGGGCCUGGUCCAGAGCGAUUCAAGUAGCAGUUCGUUAGUCACUGUGGAGAUUCAGGAAGAGGCGCCUCCCCUGCUUGGGAUGCCAUCGGAGCAAGGGGACAUGCGGGCAGAGGGUAGCGGGCCUCCUCCAGCGCCUGCCUGGGACUCUGUGCUUCAGCCACAGGAACUGGGAAAGGCGCCCCUGGGAACAGCAGAGCUCCACAGCAGCUGGCAGGAAGUAGAGGAAUGCCACGAGGAGGCCUUGGGCCAGAAGGCGGCAGAAGUCGAGAGGCUGCAGCAGCAGUUGGAGGACUCCCGCGUCACCUUGUGCACUCUGACUGCCGAAAGAGACCAGCUGCUGUCCCAGCUGAAGGAGCUGUGCUCCCUGGCUGAACUGAAGGAGCAGGUGAGGCAACUGGAGGGCGACCUCGCCGAUUCGGAGAAACAGCGGCUCUCCGACUACGAAAGCGGGAUCUCCCAGCUUGGCCUGCUGAAGGAGCAGAUCCAGAGCCUGAAGAAUGAGGCCAAAUCCAAGGAAGUGAAGAUCGAGGCCUUGCAGAGGGACCUUGACGAAGCUCAGCACCGCCUCGCGGAGCAGGACCUGCUUGCGAGGAGCCUGGGGAGCCAGCUGCAGAGGGAAGAAGAGGCAGGGCGGGCGUUGGCGGGGCGCCUGCAGGAGAGCACCGCAGAGGUCGAGCAGCUCUCCCAGAGCAUCGUCUCGAAGGGCAUGGAGGUCGGCAGGCUGGAGAAGCUGAUCGCGGAAAGGUCUGCCCAGGUGGAGAGGCUUCAGCAAGACGGGGUGGAGCGGGAGCAGCAGCUGGCGGAAGUCAGCGUCAGCAUGUCUGACCGGAUGGUUCAACUGAACGAGGAGAAGUUUGUGCUGGGGAAGGAACUGAAGGGCCUCCGAGAGCAGCUGAGCCAAUUUCAGCAGGGAAAGGAGACGAGAGACCUGGGCGUGGGCACCGACGGGGAACCUGGGCAGUGGGCCGAAGGGGUGUCCUCGGCCAGCGAGGAGUUGGAGGCCCUGAGGAAGGAAAACGAGCACGUGAGGAAGAAGCUGCAGGCAGCCCUCGUCAGCAGGAAGGAGCUCCUGAGCAAGAUCCACAAGAUGGAGAGCGGAGGACAACCGGGGGAAUUGGGGGCGAAAGCCCCGGAGAUGAAGGAGAGUGCGGGAGCAGGAGAACCCUCUGAAGUCAGCACGGAUGCCAGCGUGGAGGAGAGUCCCGACAGCCAAGGGCCGGCCGCCUCUCUGAGCCAGCUGCUUCCUGCCAAGGAGGCAGAGUUGCAAAUCAUAUCCAGGGAAAAGGGAUCUGCAGUGGCCGGGUUGCAAGCAGUGGUUGAGGAGCUGCAGCAGGGCCUGCAGGAGAAGGACCUCCUGAUCAGCGCCCUGAGAGCCGAGGCUGAGGACCACAAGAAGCAGGCCCUGGAGGUGUCUGCUGCUCUUGCACACGUGAAGAGUUGCGCCACUGCCCCAGGCCAGGAGGAACAGGAGAGAAUCGCGCUGGAAGAGGGGAAGACCUGCGCUCUGGAGCAGGAGAAGGCGCAGCUGCAGAGGAAGCUACAGGAAAUGCUCGCUUCUCGCAAGAACACCCUAAAGAAAGCACAGGAGAAGGACCGCCACCACCGAGAGCAGCUCAGGCAGCAGAAGGAGGAGUACGGCCUCCUCCAGGAGCAGUUUGAGGAGCAAAGCAGGGAGAAGGAGCGCGUCCACAAACAGCUGCAGCUGCUGCAAGCUCAGAUGGAGGCCCUGGAGAGCCCCUCUUUCCCUACGCCUGACGCAGGAGCUCUUCCAGAAGGAGCCCCGCGUCUGCCGGCAUCUGUGCAGGAAGCAGGCUGGGAGGUCCCCGGAGGCUCCGAAAUGGGAAACUUCCUAGCCAGCAGCAGCUGCCCAGCAGCGGGAGACUUGGCUGUCGAACAGCUCGAGACUGAGCUUGGGAAGCUUCAAGGGGAGAAAGGGGAGAUGGAGGCCCAGCUCCACCGCCUGAGAGGAGAGCUCCGAAGCAAGUCGGAGGAGGCUGGGCAGCUCCAGGAGCAGUCAGGGCAACUGCUGGCCGAGAUGGAGGCAGUAAAGAUGGCUUCCCACCAGGCAGAAGCCAACGUGAUGAGCCUUCGGGCAGAGCUGGAGGAGAGCCGAGCAGAGCUUGGCAGGCUGGAGAGUCUGAGGGUCCGUCAGUUGAGUCGGGAAGAGGAGAAGGAACGUGCAAACAAAGAAGAAAUCAGGGCCCUUAAACUCCAGCUGGUGGACAAAACUGAAUUGCUGCAUAAUCUCGAGGCACAGCUGCAGGAAAGAGCGGAGGCCGCCAAAGCCCUGCAAGGCCAGCUGGAAGUGCAGGCCAAGGAGCAGACCCAACGCCUGCAAGCCGAGCAGGCUGAAAUGCAGCAGAAGUCAGCCACAGAGGAGUCGUCAAGGGCCCAGCUGCAAAGAAAAUUGCAGGCUGCGCUCAUCUCCAGGAAGGAGGUGCUACGAGAGAACAAGCUGCUGCAGGAGGAGUUGGCGACCACCAAAACUGCUCUGGAGAGAGAGUCUGGCCGCCUGUCAGAGGCAGAGAACCAGGCUUCUGAGCUGGAGAAGGAGAAGCAGGCGCUUUUGGAGAAGCUGGAGGCUGUCACCGAGGAACGGGGGAAACUCAUUGCUGAAGUGGACAAAGCCCUAGUGGAAAACCAGAGCCUGUCUGGCUCCUGUGAGAGCCUGAAGCUGGCCCUGGAGGGGGUGACACAGGAGAAGGCGAGGCUGGGGCAGGAUGUUGAUGCUCUCCGGUGUUCCCAGGCCGAGGCGCUCUCCGAGUGGCAAAGGAAGCACCAGGAGCUGCAGAAAGAAUACGAGACCCUCCUGCAGUCAUACGAGAAUGUCAGCAACGAAGCGGAGAGGAUCCAGCGGGUGGUGGAAGGGGUCCGGCAGGAGAAGCAGGAGCUCUUCCUCAAGCUGAAGAGCGCAGAGGCCGAGAAGAGGGAGGGGGAGGCGCGGCUGCAGGGGGCUGAGCAAGAGAUGGAGGGGAUGAGGGAGAAGAUGAGGAAGUUUGCCAAGUCCAAGCAGCAGAAGAUCCUCGAACUGGAGGAGGAGAAUGAGCGGCUGAGGGCGGAGGCGCCUCCCCUGGAUGGUGGCCCAGGAGGGGCGGGAGAGCUGAGUGCCCAGCUCGGAGAAGAGCUGGAAAGGUCCAAGGAGAGCUGCCAGGCCCUUUCCAGGCAAGUGGAAGCCCUGGUGGCCGAGAAGGACUCUCUGAGUCAGGAGAUCUGGGGCCUGAGGCAGAAGCUGCAGGGCAAGGUGGAGGAGGCGGGAAGAAGUGACGUUCCAGGGGAUGCGGCGGCAGAGAAAGAGGCGGCCACUUCCCCCUUGGUGGCACCCUCAGAGGCAGGCGAAGGGCUGGUGGACCCAAACAAAGCUUCUGAAGCACCGGAGCUGGCUGCCGUGAGCCUUAAAACAGAGGAGGAGGAGGAAGAGGGAAAGGCCGGUGGUCCUUCAUCUGAUGAUAUAAAUGGGUACCUCCAGCAAGUGGCGCAGCUCACCGAGCAGGUUGCGCAGCUGGAGGAGAUGAGGAGGGUGGAAGCGGAGAAGCUGGGCCGGGCCCUGGUGGACGUGGAGGCCCUGGCCGAAGAGAGGAAAUGCUUGGAGGAGCAGCUGGCGGCGAAAGCCCAGGAGCUGGGAUCGUUGCAGGAUAAGGCCCUCGGGCUGGAGCAGGCCCACCAACGGGCGGAAGAGCAGCUGGCCGGAAUGACGAAGCUGAAGGCGGCUCUGGAAGCCGAGAAGGACGACCUGGAGGAAAGACUCAUGAACCAGCUGGCCGAGCUGAACGGGAGCAUCGGCAACUACCAGCAGGACGUGGCGGACCUGCGGAGCCAGACCCGGCAGCUUCUCGCGGAAGUGGAGGCUCUUCAGGGAGCGCUGAGCCGGCUGGAGGAGGAGAAGAGACACCUGCUGAGGGAGAAGGCGGAGGCGGAGGCGGAGAAGAAGGAGCACGUGGAGAAGCUCAGGAGCGCCUGGAAGGGAGGCGGGGGCAGAACGCAGGUGAAAGAGCUGCAGGAGCUGCUGAGGGAGAAGCAGCAGGAGGUGAGGCAGCUGCAGAGGGACUGCAUUAAAAGCCAGGAGAAGGUCAGCAGCUUAGAGAGAACCAUCAAGGCCCUGGAAUUUGUCCAGAGCGAAUCCCACAAGGAGCUGGAAGCCACUAAGAGGAGCUUAGCCAAGGCCGACGACGGCGCCAAGAAGGCCCAGGCCGAGCUGGGUUCCUGCCGGGUAUUGCUGGAUGAUACCCAGAGUGAGGCCGCCCGAGUCUUAGUGGAGAGCCUCAAGGCCAAAGAGGAGCUCCAAGCAAGCAAGGAGCAGCUCAGAGCGCAGCUGAGGCUCCAGGAAGAGGAGCUGGAGCGGCGGCUGGAGCAAGAGAAGGGCCAGCACGCCAAGGAGCUCAGGAACGUGGAAGAGAGGCUGGAAGCCCGGCAGCGAGAGCAGGCCCGCUUGGAGGGGGUGGUGCGUGGUCUUCAGGAGUCCCUGGGCCAGAAGGACCAAGAAGCCAGGCAGCUGCAAGGCAGCCUGAACCACGCGCUGGCCCAGCUGGCGGCCUUCUCCCGGAGCAUGUCCUCCCUGCAGGAUGACCGAGACCGUGUGAUCGACAAGUCCAGGCAGUGGGAGAGGAAGUUCAGUGAGGCCAUCGAGAAGAAGGAGCAGGAGCUGCGUGCCAGGGAGAAAGCCUGUGCUGCUUUGGAGGAGCAGGCGAAGCAAGCGGCGGCCCAGAUGGAAGCGCUGCGGAGUCAUGUUGUCAGCCUGGAAAACAGCAAGUCGGCCGAGGAGACCCGUUCCCAGAAGGAGCUUCAACGACUACAGGAAGAAAUAGGUCUGCUCAAGGAGGCGAACAAGACACUUACACUCCAGCUGGAGGAGGUACGGCAGCUGUUCGGGGAUUCCCAAAACCAGCUCCAGAAGCAGGAGUCGGAGCUCCGGAGCCUGAGAGAGCAGCUGGCUGACUUGCAGGGCUCCUACGCACAGUGCAAGGAAGCGCGAGAAGAAAUGGAGAGCGCGGUGAAACGUCAGGAGGCCGACCUCCGGGAAUGCAGGUUGUGCCAGGAGCAGCUGGAGGCUGACCUGCGUGCCUCCAAGGAGCUGACAGACAAGCUCCACGGAGAGAUCGGCAGCCAGGAGCAGAGGGUUGUCAGCCUGCUGGCUGCCCGGGAGGAAGCCGUCGCCGCAGCUGUCUCGGAAUCACAGCGGCGGCAUGAGGAGGAGCGGAGAGAGAUGGAGAGCAGACUGGGCCAGGGGGAGGCGGAGCGGGCGGCCCUGGAAGGCGAGAGGAGGAAAGCCCUGGAGAGGGCGGACCGUCUGCUGGAGAAGCUGAAGGGCGCCCGGGAGGAGAGCAGGAAGCACCAGGCCCAGCUGGGUUCCUUCACCCAGGCCAUGUCUUCCCUGCAGGAUGACCGGGACCGGCUCCUGGGAGACUACCAGCAGCUGGAGCAGCGCCACCUGUCCGGCCUCCUGGAGAAGGACCAGCUGAUUCAGGAGGCAGCCGCUGAAAACAACACACUGAAGGAGGAGCUGCGGGGCCUCCACGGCCGGAUGGACGACCUCCACGCUGAGAAUGCCAAACUGGACGCAGAACUGAUGCGCUACCGGGAAGAUCUCAACCAGCUCAUCUCCAUAAAGGACAGCCAGCAGAAGCAGCUCCUCGGGGCCCAGCUAGAGCGCCUCCAGGCCCUGGAGAAGGAGAAGGCGGGUCUGGAGGGCCUGCUGAGGGAGUCGGAGCAUGCCCUGGCCGGUCUGCGCCGGGACAAGCAGCACCUGGAGCAGGAGAGGAAGGCCCUGCUGGCCUCUCUUUCCCAGGUGCGAGGGGAGGUGGCGGCGCUGCAGGAGGGCGGGCCCCUACUAGAGCUGCAGGCCCAGCUGCAGGCCAGAGUGGACGAGGCGCAGGAGCUGAGCAGCCAGCUCUCCCUGGCCCAGCGGCAGGUGGCGGAGCUCGAGGAGGAGCUGGCCCUUGUCCGCGAGGACACAGCCCGGCAGAUGCAGGAGGCGGAGACCCAGAUGAAGAAGGAGCUGAAGAGUCUGCAUCACGACGCUGGGCUCAUGCGCAACGAGACGGAGACCGCGGAAGAGCGGGUGGCAGAGCUGGCCAAAGACCUCCUGGAAACAGAGCAGAACCUCCUGGCCCUCACCGAGGAGAACCAGGACUUGAAGGCCCAAAUUCAGUCCUUUGGGAAGGCCAUGAGCUCCCUCCAAGACAGCUGGGACCAGUCCAACGAAGAGCUGCGUGUCCUGGAAGAGAAAUACUCGGCGGACGUGGAAGAGCGGCAGUCCCUGGUUCAGAGCCUCCAAGAGGAGAAGGCUGAGCUGCAGGUGGAGCAGAGGGCUCUUGCCCAGGAGAGGAGCCGGCUGGCCUCGGAGCUGGCAGCCCUUCGGCACUCCGUGGAGGAGAACGGUCUCCUGGCCCGGCUGGAGAAGCUCUCCCAGCAGCUUCAGGCCCGAGAUGCGGAGCUUCGGCACUUGACCUCGGAGCUUGAGCGGGCCUCCGGCCAAGUGAAGUCCUUCGCCAGGGCCAUGGCAAGCCUGCAGGACGAGCGAGACCGCCUGCUGAGCGAGCUGGACAAAGCCCGCAGGGUGGGCGAAGUCUUGCUGCAGUCGACGCCGGACACUUCCACCAACCUUACUGAAGCACAGAGCCUCAAGAGGGCCUUGUCCUCCUUGCAGAACGACCGGGAACGGCUGCUGGCAGAACUGAAGAGCCUCCAGCAGCAGCACUUGCAGGCAGGGGUGGACACAGCAGAGUUUGCGCAGCUCAAGGCCCAGUGGCAGGAGCAGAAGCGGGAGGCGGAGCGGCAGCAGCGCCUCCAGGAGCAACUGAAGCAGGAGCUGCGGCAGCUCAGGGAGGAGAAGGCAGCCUGGGGGCUGGAGACAAAAGAUCAGCCGCUGAGCCGUGUGCAGACCGCUGUGAGGGAGAGCAGGCCCAGCGUGCCUCUCGUGGAGGAGCAGCACCAAAGACAGGUUCCCCCAGAGGCCGCUCUGCAGCUGGAGGCGUCUGGCCCGGAGGCAGAGAAGAAGCAUCUCCAGGCCCAGCUCGGGAGCAGCUUGAAGGAGCUGCACCAGAAAGAGCUGCGGAUCCAGCAGCUGAACAGCAAACUCUCGCAGGUCUUUGAAGAGAAGAAUGCCCUCUCCCUCCAGCUGAGAGGAAGCAGCCGCAGCCUGCGUGAGAGCCAGCAGCGCUACGGCGACGUCUUGGCCCGCUGCGAGGCACUCGAGAAGCAGCUGCCGCCGCCGCUGGGGAAGGAUGUGGGGUCCCUCCCAACAGAUGCUGCUCCGGGAGCCCCCCAAGAACGAAACGAGCAUCCUCGGGAGAGCCACACUCCAGAGCUUCAGGAGCUACAGAGGAGGUUGACGGAGGCCAGGCGGCAGGAGAGCUCCGCGAAGCAGGGCCUGCUGCAGCUGGAGGAGCUGCUGCAGGGUGAACGGGGCCGGCGCCGGGCGGCCGAGGAGGCCUGUUCUGCGGCCCGGGAUCACAUCCGCAGGUUGGAGUCAAGUCAGUGGGAACAGUCUUUGGAGACCAGCGUCGAUAUGCCCCCCACCUCUGAGCACGCGCUGCUGGUUGGCUCCGCGGAGGGCAGCUUCAGCAAGGCUCGACAGAGCACGGCCCCCCGGCGCCUCCUGCGCUCGCUCUUCUGUUCCCGGACACGCCUGCCCCUCUUGGCCACAGCCUACCUCCUCACGGUCCACGUGCUGCUGCUCCUUUGCUUCACAGGCCUCCUGUAGGACCAGCCUCUGGGCCCAGGGAAACCAGCCCUGUCCUCGGGCUCUGCCUGCAGGGAGAAGGGGAGUGUUUCAGGCCUGGCUGGAGACAGAAGCUCACCCAGGUGUCGUUUGGGGCAUCCAGCCAGCCUGUGCAAGCCGGCUGGUGGCAAGGCGGGUGGGGGGUGCUCUAGAGAGCUCAGGGGCACCCUCCCUCUCCCCCCUACCCAUGAGAGCCUGGCCCAGAGAUGGCUGUUCCAGGCCAGUAUUGGCGUGGGGUUGGUCUCACUUCUGUUCCUAAGGAGGAACACUGAAGUUUUCUGUCGGCUUUGCACACUGGAUCAGGGCGAAGUUAAUUUGCAAUUCAGGGUAAUCGGCCCACUGGCACAGGGAAUCUUUCCCCUUCCACGCUUGACAUACCGUGUGAAUUGCAGCCUGCGGCCCAGAGCUCCCUGCAGGCAAUCGGGUGGGGGCGGUGGCGGUGGCGGGAUUUUCAGCGUGCCGGCAUGCUGAACAAGACGCCUGCUCUCGGGGGCUGAGGCAAACGUCCUGCGUGAUUCCCGAAAGGGGCCAAGUGAGCCUUGGGAUGUUGGCCUUGCCGGAUGGACCGUUCCGUUGCACCUGCUGUUUCGGGCUCAGUGAUUGGAUGGAAGCAGCAGCCAUGGUGGGGAGGGGAGGGGAGGGGGGUGGCGCAGUGGCCUCCCGCUUGACGGUGGUGGGACGGAGCGGCGCACCUCUGUUCCUUGCACGGUAUAGAGGGAAUGAGGAGGCAAGACAGAGUAUUGCCCUCUCCAGUCCUGGUUCCUGCCUUUCUGUGGGGAGGGGGGACCUGUGGCAAAGCGGAAGAAGGGCAGGGGGGGGGGUCGCAGUCUUUGGCUUGUGGGAGCCCUUGUAGCUCAGCUGUGCUCCUUUUCUCCAGGAUGAAUUGGGGGCUGGAAAUGUUGUGUUGGGGGGGGGAGGUUCUGUCCCUCUUGGGUCCCUCAACAGUGACUUGGGGCUGUUCCCUGUCGAUCUCCUGCAGGGCGUUUGCUCUGUGGGCUUCCUUUUCAUUUCCAAAAUUCUGUCUGCUGCUCCCCCACCCCCCCCCCUCUGAAAUCCUGCCUUCUGCAAUAAAGUUUAUUUUCCGAA